CUGUCUUGGCUCGACCGUUAGAGACGCUGAAGCCGCAGGUGGAGUGCAGUCUAAUCCCCAGCGCCAGUUUCGCUGUUCUUUAAGGCAUUUCUCGCUAAAAAAAAUUAAAUCACUGAAACCACAGCGAUGGCCGAAGGCGACAACAAAAGCUCUAACGUAAUAGCUCAGGAAACUGCGCAGCUGGAGGAGCAGCUGCAGGCCUGGGGAGAGGUGAUCCUGGCUGGGGAUCGCGUUCUGCGAUGGGAGAAGCCCUGGUUCCCCGGGGCUCUGGUGGGAGCCACCACCGUGAUCUUCUUGCUGGUGUAUUACCUGGACCCCUCAGUGCUGACUGGACUCUCCUGCACUGUCAUGCUGCUCUGCUUGGCUGACUACCUGGUUCCUACCCUCGCUCCACGAGUGUUUGGCUCCAAUAAGUGGACUACUGAGCAGCAGCAGCGCUUCCACGAGAUCUGUGGAAACCUGGUGAAGAGUCAGAAGAAGGUCGUUGGCUGGUGGAAGCGUCUCUGCGCUCUGAAGGAGGAGAAGCCCAAAAUGUACUUCGCCUCGGUGAUCAGCAGCCUGCUGGCGGUGGCCUGGAUCGGGCAGCAGGUGCACAACCUCUUCCUCACCUACCUGAUCGUGAGCUUCCUGCUGCUGCUGCCCGGCUUGAACCAGCACGGCAUCAUCACAAAGUACACGGCCAUGGCUAAGAGGGAGAUCAACAAGCUGCUGAAGCAGAAAGAGAAGAAGAACGAGUAGAAUGAAGAACCGCGCUGAACGAAACGUUGCUGAAGACGACAGGAGGCUCUGUCUGCAAAUUAAAAAAGCACUUUUUUGUUUUUCACA